UGUGUAAGCAGAUCUUUGUAAGUUUGUAUCUGAACGUAAACAUAUAUAAAAUGAGGCUGGUGGACCUUGUACCCCUUUGUUCCGCAAACAGCCUGGAUCUUGUUCUAUUUCCCUAUCUCACCCGCAUCUUUGUCCUUUCCCCCUUUCCCGCUUUCCCCCCUUCCCAUCUACCCCGUCUUCUCCUCCUUCAACAGGCCUUCCCCAUACUGUCCACAUCGCCAACGUCGCCCCGUAUCGCCCAUAUCGCAUAUAUCGCACGUAUCCGGUCGAGAAAUCUCCUGAGCGCAAACCUGGACUUGAACUUGAACUUGAACUUGGACAGUUAGACGACAGCUAGACCACGACAAUAUGGUGCAUAAAGACGACGCCAAUGGCGCUCCCACGUAUUGGGGCACGUCCGGAAAGAGGUUGCAGAACAUGAUUACGGCCGUAGCGACGACGGACUUCUUAUUGUUCGGUUAUGAUCAGGGCGUUAUGUCCGGCAUCAUCUCCGCGCCAGCCUUCACUUCAGAUUUCCCCGAGGUCGACGGUAACAGCACGUAUGAGGGCUUCGUAGUCUCUAUAUACGCUGUAGGCUGUUUCCUCGGCGCCUGUUUUAUCCUUACCUUUGGCGACCACCUCGGCCGCCGCAAGUCUAUCUUCCUCGGUGCUUCUAUCAUGAUUAUCGGUGUCAUCAUUCAGGUCACUUGUCAACCCACCGGUGCAGGCGGAGGAUCUACAGCGCAAUUUAUCAUAGGACGGUGCAUAACAGGAAUAGGGAAUGGUAUAAAUACGUCGACAGUGCCAACCUAUCAAGCAGAAUGCAGUCAUUCGCACAAUCGCGGUAAACUCAUCUGUAUCGAAGGUGGAAAUGUUGCCAUUGGAACUUUGAUCGCUUACUGGAUUGACUACGGGUGCACUUACGGCCCGCACGCCUUUGUCUGGCGUUUCCCUAUCGCCUUCCAGUGUGUGUUCGCUCUCGUCGUCAUCAUCCUCAUGACUCAGCUUCCCGAAUCUCCUCGUUGGCUAUUAACCAAGGAUCGUAAUGAGGAGGCGUCUACCGUGUUGGCUGCUCUUCAUGGAGAACGCCGCGACGAUCCGGCCGUCCAGACCCAGGUUGCUGUUAUUGUCGAUGCCAUCCGCGCUUCCGGCCAUGCCGGCGGUGUCACGCCCAUUUCGGACCUGUUUACCAACGGCCCCACGCAGCACUUCCGUCGUUUGUUGUUGGGCGCCUCGUCUCAGAUGAUGCAGCAGUUAAGCGGCUGCAACGCCGUCAUCUACUACUUCCCUAUUCUGUUCCAGACGUCGAUCGGCACUUCGCACAACCUGGCCCUCCUUCUGGGAGGUGUGAACAUGGUUGUAUACUCUAUCUUCGCUACGACAUCGUGGUUUGCCGUUGAGCGGAUCGGGCGUAGGAAGUUGUAUCUUAUUGGCACUGUUGGUCAAUGUUUGUCUAUGGUUCUUACUUUUGGUGCCUUGAUUCCUGGAACUGAAGAGGCGGCCAAGGGAGCUGCUGUUGGUCUAUUUACUUAUAUUGCUUUCUUCGGCGCUACAUGGCUUCCGCUACCGUGGCUAUACCCGGCCGAGAUCAACCCCCUUAAGACCCGAGCCAAGGCCAACGCUACUUCGACUGUGUCUAAUUGGUUGUGGAACUUUUUCAUCGUGAUGAUCACGCCCGUGCUACUUAGCAACACGGGAGAGAGCGGGUGGGGAACAUACCUGUUCUUCGGUAUCCUCAAUGCCAUGUUCUUCCCCGUCAUCUACUUCCUCUAUCCCGAGACUGCUGGACGUACUUUGGAAGAGAUCGAUGUCAUCUUCGCCAAGGGUUAUUCCGAGAAGAUUAGCUACGUCAAGGCCGCUCAGGAAUUGCCUCGCCUUACCGAGGCCGAAGUCAGGGAAAAGGCUCGCGAGUAUGGCUUCUCGGACGAGGAGGCUACGGUUAGCACGCACGAGAAGGCCGAGGCCUAUGUGUCAACCCCCCCUUCUUCUGAUUAAAGUGGUUUAGGUGGUGAUGGAAUGAUUGCGAGAGACAAGAUGUGAUGGAUUAUGAUCGUCAUUUUUUAUAUCGGUUACGCUCGGUUACGCUCAGCUAGAAUUGAGCUUACGACAACUGCUAUGAUAUGCGUGGCGGUCUUAUAAAGUCGUCAGAAGGUACGACGAUGAAUUCCAUUUUCAUUUUCAUUUUCAUUUUAUUUUAUUUUAUUUUAUAUAUCAUCUUGAUCUACUGGCACAUGUACCUUGAGCGGUAUUUGAGCGGUACGACAUUGUAUUACGAGUCCAAGUCGACUCUUUACACAUUGGGAGGUUUAGGGGCAUAGUAAGAGGAUUUUAGUAAUUGUUCCUUCGUUAUUUAUUUCUACGGGUUCAUUGAUAUACCCUCGGGCCAGCAAAGGCUUGACCUGAAAGAUGUUGGAUCGAGACUGAGUAUAGAUCUCUCCAGUUGUAUUAGAGAUACACAUAUAAAAAAAGAUAGGUGGGCAAGCAUCCCAUGAGCAUUAGUUGACAUUAGUUGGCAUUAGAUGGCAUUGGAUGACAUUAGUUACUUGAUAUCAGAGACACCAAUAUGUACAACCCAAUUGCAU